GUAAAUCUGGAGACCUCUCCUACAAACAGCGAAGCCAUCUGCAUUGCCACUGCCGCUGACUGUACUCCUCAUCUCCUCCUCAGGGUCCUCGCCUGUAGUCCACUGAAAAGUUCCUCAAGGGAAUGGCUUCAAAGAGGAAAGUGGGUUACAAGUGUCGCAUAGCCACAGUUCUCCUCCUCCUCCUCCUAGCGAGUAUUGCUGGGCUCAUCGCUGUCACCGUCAUCCAGGGCAACUGGAGGUUCACAGAGUAUACCUUAGAGUAUGGCAUAGUGAUUGACGCAGGAUCAUCUCGGUCCAACAUCUAUUUGUACGAGUGGCCAGGUGAGAAGGAGAAUGAAACAGGAGUGGUGACAGAGAAAUUGAACUGUAAAGUUUCUGGUGUUCCAAUCUCUGAAUUGAAAAUUGACUCAAAGAAAGACGCACAGACAUGGCAAAGCUUCAAAGAUUGCAUGAAAAAAGUCUCUGAUGCCAUUCCUGCUAAAAAGCACAAAACCAUCCCACUCUUCUUGGGAGCUACUGCUGGAAUGAGACUCUUACAAGAGAAUGAUAUGGCGCGGGCUAAUGAAGUCCUGGAUAGUCUGAAAGAAUAUCUGCAAUCUCUGCCCUUUGACUUCCAAAAUGCAUCUGUCAUUACUGGUCAGGAGGAAGGACUGUAUGGGUGGAUUACUGUCAACUAUUUGUUGGGAAACUUUCUUGAGAAAAGCGUAUGGAGCACCUAUAUUCGUCCACAGACAUCAAAGACAGUGGGUUCAAUGGAUCUCGGCGGUGCAUCAACACAAAUCGCCUUUGCGGUGAAUGAUGAGCUCAAGGGGCCUGAUUACAUGCACAUCAAGCUGUACGGCUACCCUUACAAUGUCUACACUCACAGUUUCCUCUGCUAUGGCAAGAAUGAAGCUGAGAAGAGGGUUCUGGACAAAGUUGUUCAGGAAUCAUCAGACCUCGUUUAUGUGAACAACCCCUGCUAUCCCAUUGGCUUAAACAUAACCAUUGAGGCUUCAACCAUUUAUGACACAGAAUGCACAAAGAAACCAAAGAAUUACAGUCCGGAUCAACGGUACUUCAUGGUGGGAUCUGGCAACUCAGACCAAUGUGGGAGAAUAACAAAAUCCAUAUUUGAUUUCACCACUUGUUCCUCGGCUCUUUGUUCCUUCAAUGGGGUCGAGCAGCCGCCGGUCACUGGCGAAUUCAUGGCAUAUGCAGGCUAUUUCUACAUCGCCAGAGCUUUAUUGAUGAAGGGAGUGACCGACACCAUCAGACCAUCAGAGUAUGAUGAAUUCAAAACAGCAAUCACCCAAUUAUGUAACACACCUUCGAGUGAGCUGCGGACAUGGGUGGUAGACAAAUACCUUCGCACCUAUUGCUUUGCAAGUCAUUACAUGUUCACUUUGUUGACCAACGGUUACAAAUUUGACGCAAACACGUGGAAAGACAUUCACUUUCAAAAAGAGGUGGGGAACACCAGUGUGGGUUGGAGUUUGGGCUACAUGCUUAGUAGCUCCAAUAUGAUCCCGUCUGAGAUGAAUGAAGUCCUCCCAUUGACUGAUUCUGUCUUUGCCGGUCUCAUCUUUUUAUUUUCAUCUUUGACCAUUAUUACUGUCAUCUUGAUUUUCAUCAUUCUUAUUCGCACAUGCUACUAAGUAAGUCCUGUCUUGUGUGGGAUGACCUUGGUGUCAUCCUAAAAUGAAAUUUAAAGGGGAAUUAAACCCUAGAAAUUUCUUAUCAUUAAUCUAUUCUAUGUGGAUCCAGUUGUAUAAAUAUGGGAUUAUGAUGUUUACAAUUUUCAAGUCGUUUUCAACCAUCUCAGUGGGCAGCCAUUUUGGGUUAUGUUGCCCUGUCCACUGAAAAUAUCAACGGAGCCCACCUGAUAUCAAUGGUGCCUUGUUAGCUGAUGUGGGGGCAGAAAGAAUUGAUUAAUGAAAAGAAAAUUAUCGGGUUUAAUUCCCCUUUUACGUUUAAGAACCACAAUAUUGUUGAUCAAGGAAUAUUUAGGGCCAGACUAGAAAGAAAAGUAGCACUAGUACUGCGAGAAUAAAGUCAGAAAACUUGAAAUUCGGAGAAUAAAGUGGAAAUAUUACAAGAAAACUAUUUUAUGGGCGUAUAAAAGGAAAACAUUGGAAAGAAAAAGUUACAUUACAAGAAAAAUGAGAUGCUUCUUGGUUUUCAUGCUCGCAGUGUUAAGACAAAUCCCAAAAAGUAACCGAUACCACAAAAUGUGUAUUAAAGUUGUUGGUUCCCAUUAGUGAAUGGCUGCAAUAUUGUUCUCCAUAUUUGCACAUUUUCAGCAAUUAUUUUCAAGCAUGUAUAAUGUAUUUACAAUCUCUGAAUUCACUUCAAAGUGUUCUUGAAGCGUCUUUAUUCUAAUAGUUUUGUUUCACAGUUAUCCUGUUUGAAAAAAAGUGUUGUGAUUAAUAGUUGCUUUGGCUUGAUUAUGAGUCAUAACAUUUCUGAACCUAAGCGUCUAAAUCUAUCAAUGUCAUUGUGUGGCUGCAAAGACAUUUGUGCAUCAAAAAGUCUAGCAUGUGUAUACAGGGUCAUUGUAAUGCCUAUACUGGAUAUUUUGGCUUUAUUUUGUAAAGUGACAGGAAAAUGUCUUUUAAAACGAUUACCUUUGUGCAUCUUGUUGUUUUGUUUUUAAUCUAAUCUUUAAGUUGUAGUUAUGAUUAUUCACAACACUGGAUUUAGAAGCACACACACACACACACACACACACACACAAAAAAAGCAUCCUAGUAUUAAAAUAUGUAUUGAAUACAUUGCGCUUAUUUGUGGUCUCAGACUUGGUUUUAAUUCUUAAAACAAGACCCCAUCAGUUUUUGUUUUGUUUUUUUUAUCUCAGGGACUUGGAUUGAUAGAAAUUCGGAAUGUUAUUGAUUGUGGUCUUUUUUCAAAUCACACCUUCAAAAAGAGACAGUCUCACCGUUUAUGAAUGUUUUUUCUCCUAUAAUGUACACAGUAUGAACUACAAUUGCACUAAUGCAAAACAAUAGCACUUUUGUUGUUGCUUUGCUUAAUUUAGAUGAUCUUGUACUAUGUGUGAACUCAUUUUCAACUGAUUUGCAAACUAUUUACUAAAUGAAAAUCAAAAUGA